CACUGAGAUUAAAUAAAAGUUUCGUCACAUAGAGAUUAAAUCGAAGCUUUAUGACGUAGAGUUUAAGAUUGAAUACAAUGAUCGUAGAAUGAAUAUCGUGCAGGCAGAGUCAAUCAGCACUUUGAGUGAGCUAGAUGACUUUGAAGGAUCCAUCAUCUGGUCCCAAGAUGAACCACUCUCCUCGAACGAGAUCCUAGAAUUUGCUCCUGAUCCUGACAAGCAAAAUCAGAUCAAAUCACUGUGUCGUCUUUGCGCAGGGGAGACACUAAACCCAAUUUAUAUUUACUCAGAAUUCGGAGAGUCCCUACGACUCUUGGACAAAAUUAAUACAUGUCUGAGUAUUAAGGUGAAGAAAACAGACCCGCUGCCAAAACAACUCUGUCCACCAUGUGUAGAAAAAAUAAUUUGGUGCAACGAGUUUGAUGCACAAUGCAUCAGAGCAGAAGAAACUCUGCUCGAAAUUCUGAAGCACAAAAAUUCCUUUGCAAAAAAUGAAACCAAAGGAGAGUUUGAGAGCUCUGAUUCGUGUCCACUGUGUGUCGAAGGACGAAUGCGAGUUUUCGAAGAUCAUAAGGGGAGUCGAAAGGACACAGAACUGUACGAUAGUGACAUAAUUCUGGAAAGCAGCGAUGAAGAACAGAUUCCAAGCGUGUUGAAAGUUGAUGAAAACGAGACGGAAGCUAUUACGUUGUUUUGUUUGGGAACAAAGCAGAAAUAUCUGAAAUGUGGAGCCUGCAUGAAUCUUUACCACACAAAGGAGAACCUGGAUGAACAUAAGUGCAAACCUAAUUUGCAAUGUACAUCGAAACCAUAUAAAUGUAAUGUUUGCUUUGCAACUUUUACGUUCGAGGAACGAUUGCAGUUUCAUCAACGAUUCCACACAGAUGCUAAAGCUUUGUAUUGCGAAGUUUGCAAAAUCACUUUUGGGAAGGAAUUGAAACUGUUCUAUCAUUAUAAGAGGUACCAUUGCAAAGACGGUCGAGUAUCUUGCCUGCAGUGUGGAAAACUGUUUGAAAACCAAGAUGAACUAAAAAAACACAUCUGUCUGGAUGGGAAAACUAGGCCAUAUGUGUGCGAAGUCUGCUCGAAAGGAUUCUGCGAUGGGUACACAUUAAAGCGCCAUGUGGUGACACAUCUUCCAGAGAAACCGUACAAGUGUCCGGAGUGUUCAAAAAGUUUCACGCAGAAGUCGAGGCUGAACAAACACGUGGCUGGCCACAGCGUAAUUUUAGAAUCCAGCCAAGCAAUUUGGAGGUGUGUUCACUGUGGGGAAGCUUUUGGAUCCAGCGAAUCCGCCGACGAGCACUGCAAACUGCACGAAGAGAAGAUUGGCCUGAUCGAAGAGUUGCAAGCUUCGAAACUGUAUCAUUGUGAACUCUGCGACAGCCACUUCGCAGACACGGAUCACCUCAAGAGCCAUCGCCAGUUGCACGUAGUGGAAAAACCUUACUCGUGCAACCACUGUGACUCUUCGUUUAAAUCGUUCGCAGAGGCAGUCCUUCACUGGAAAGAGCAUCCAAGGAUAUUCAGAGUUCUUGUGGUAUUUCUCUGCGAAGUUUGCGACAGAGAUGUCAAAGAAUUAUCCUUACUUUACAAGCAUAAGCAGAAAAGGCAUCAACCAAUGACUAGGAAAACGGAAGAAGGUGAAGAAAAGUUCAUUUGCGAACUCUGUGGAAGCAUCUUUCCAAAUAUUGAGAGUUUCCAAGAACAUGGGAAGUACAGGUGUUCGAAGUUUCCCUGUGAUAUAUGUGGGAGUCUAUUGCCUACUGCAAAUUCUCUUAAUGCACACAAGAGGAGGCACAGUGGACUCAGGCCGUAUGUUUGUAAUAUUUGUGGGAAGAGUUAUACACAAUCGAGUCACAUGUGGACCCACAAGAGGUUCCACAUGGGUGUGAAACCAUACGCAUGCGAGUAUUGCGACCAGAGAUUCACGAUAAAACCUGACCUAGCAGACCACACCAGGAAAAAACACACCAGAGAGCGACCAUUUAAGUGCGAUGUGUGCAACAAGGCUUUUUUGACCGGUUCUGUUUUUUAUCAACACCGACUGAUUCACAGAGGUGAUCGUAGAUAUAAGUGUCAUUAUUGUGAGAAAGCGUUCACCAGAACGGAAGCUCUAAACAAUCAUAUAAAGAUUCACACUGGGGAGAAACCACAUGCCUGCGAUGUUUGUGGAAGGUGUUUCAGACAGAAAGGGGAUAUGCGGAAGCAUAGGCGUACACAACAUACUGUUAAACAAGACGCAAAGCAGAUUUAA